AUGGCCGACGCGGAGGUCGAAGGGGUUCCCCCACUUCUCGCGGCGGGCGUGCCCAUGCUCAAGGUGUCGAGCAAGAAGAUCAAGCCAGUGACCGUUCGCCUCACCGACACGGCGAUCACCUGGCCCUCGCUCAAGGGGGGACGAGCUAGCACAGACUCCACAGUAGCUAACAAAGCAGUCGACAUCACGUCCAUCCGUGAGCUCCGCCUGGGGCAGUCCCCAACCGAUACGUACGACUCGAAGCGAUGGCUCACGAUCGUCUACGUCCGCGGCUCGGUCUGGAAGGUCAUGCACCUCAUCGCGCACACCGACGAUGUCUACGACCUGUGGGUUAGUGCCCUGCAAGGUCUCGUGUCCCAGUCGAGCGACAAGGUUGUGUCUGGCGCCGCACAUGGGCCCGCGACCGACCCCGAUCUGCUAUUCAUCCGUCAACUUUGGCCCGCCGGACAGAAGACACUGAACGAGGCGGCUGCAAAGGGACUAUGCGGAAAGCUGGGGCUGGACCUGACGCCAGAGGCGUUGAAGCGAUAUCAGUUUCCGAUCGACUCGGCCACGUUCCGCCAGCUUGUGCGAGACCUUCAGACGCGGCCCGACCUCGAUGACAUCUACGCUCAGCUCGCGCGUGACGGGCCGCUGAACAAGGCGCGCGUGAUCCGCUUCCUGACGCAGAUCCAGCGUGUACCUGAGUCGGAAGCCGAGACCAUCUUCGAACGCUACGCCGAGUAUCCCCCGGAACAGCUGGGUGUACAGGAGUCUAAGGAACUCCUCGCGGCCCCUGCACCCCGUGCGGUCAAGGUGCCUGCCGUGCCGCCGGCUCAGGCGGAGGUCAAGGUGGAGGCGAAGGGGGACAAUGACUCAAUACCGCAGGAGAAGGACACAGGGAACGGCUCGGCGCAGCACGACCAGGAGGAGAAGAAACCCGUCGUGGGUCUGUCCGUCGAGGGCGUUCCCGUGAACGAGAGCGAGGGUUCGACCACUCCGCAGACUCCCAACUCGGCCCGGGUGCAUGACGCGGUGCAGGCUGAGCAUGUGCUGCGCACGUCGAAUGUGGGAUGGAACGACACCGCCUCCGCAAGUCCGACCUCAACCGUUGCGGGAUGGUGGACGGCGCCCUCGUCGCCGUAUCCGGUUAGUCCAAGCGGUACGCUGAGUCCCAGCGGGACAGCCGUGCCUCCUUUUCCGGUCUCGCCGAUGUCGACAACGCCCUCGCUUCCCAGAGGAGAUCGUGGAGUAUGGGGCGCCGACGCAGUCAAGCUCUUCCUCUCGAGUCCGGAUAAUGUCUACUUCCCCGCCGCGGCGCAGGAUCUCUCCAAGCCUUUGACCGACUACUUCAUCUCGAGCAGCCACAACACGUACCUUGUCGCGGAGCAGUGGCGCGGAGCUAGUACCGUCGAGGGUUACGUGCGAGUGCUCCUCGGCGGCUGCCGAUGCGUAGAAAUUGACUGCCACGACGGCAACAGCGAACCAAUCGUGUAUCACGCCAAGACGAUCACAUCGAGCGUUGGCGUGCGCGACGUGUGCCAAGCUAUUAAGAAAUACGCCUUUGUCGCGUCGCCCUAUCCCCUCAUCCUUUCGCUUGAGGUGCGGUGUAACCUAGAGCAGCAGGACAAGCUGGCCCAGAUCCUUGUCGAGGAGCUCGGCGACCUGCUCGUGACCGAGCCGCUGGACAAUGUGGACGGCAUGCCGUCGCCCGAGCAGCUGAAGGGCCGUAUCCUCGUCAAGGCGAAGGGACCACCUUCCGGUGGCUCGAACCCGUCCUCCAUGCUAGUCCCCAUCCAAUCAAGCGGGAGCACAAGCAGCGGCGGAACGGGAGCAGCCUCGCUCUCGCCACCAGUGUUAUCCUCGUCUCCCCCGACUAUGGAUCGGACAGAUACGGACAGCACGACGGAGAGCGACGGCAGUAUCCUCCGCUUAGCCCGCAAGCUUUCCAUCAACACGCCCAAGGCCCCGGGGCAGUUCAGCAAGAAGCUCGUCGACCUCGCCGUCUACACCCAAGGCACCAAGUACCGCGGCUUCAGCAAGCUGGUGCACUACGCCUCGAACCAGAUGUUCAGCGUCAGCGAGCGGACCUCGAACAAGAUCCUCGCCAGUGGGCAAGCGAGCGAUUGGGUCAAGCACAACACGUCCCAUCUGUCGAGGGUGUAUCCGAAGGGAUCCCGCCUCAGUAGCUCCAACUACAACCCGAUCCCGUACUGGGAGGCCGGGGCGCAGAUGGUGUCCCUCAACUACCAGACGCUGGACCAGGGGACGAUCCUAAACCACGCUCUGUUUGCGCCGGGCGGAUACGUUCUGAAACCACCGUGUCUCCGCUAUCCCAAGAUCUACGAGCGCGAGGAGAAGAUCACGGUCAAGCUCACCAUCAUCUCGGCCCAGAGGCUGCCGCCCACGCCGGACUUGUAUGUCGAGGCGACGCUGCUCGGCCCAGACGACUACGAGGAGAGCGCGAAGACGCGGCGAAUCCACGAACCAACCUUGAAUCCGCGCUGGGACAGUUCUCUGUCCUUCACAAUCGUGACCAAGCCGAGCCUGCUCGCGCUCUCCUUCUUGCAUCUCGAGAUCAAGCAGAGCGGCAACGGGCUCGUCGCGCAGUGGAUCCGUCCCCUCGCCGAUUGCGGGAGGGGUUGGCGCUACCUCCCCCUCGAGGACGCGACGCGCUCCAAGUUUCUUUUCGCGAGCCUCUUUGUCCGCCUCGACAUUGAGAAUGACCAGCAGGUGCCCCUCCUCCGCCUCCCGAGCCCGCCGGAGCCCAAGAGCCCGCGCAAAUGA